AUGGCUGAGGUUGCAGUGGAGUACCACAUUAGAAAAUUGAAGGAUUGGAUUUUAUUUGAAACUGACAAACGAAGCGCAACAGAAUUAAAUAGCAUCAAAAUUGAGUUUGAAAAAAUCAGGCCAUUUCUGAAAAAUGCAGAUUGGAGAAAGAUGAUGAUGACGAUUGACAAUGCAAUUAUGAAAUGGGUGUCAGACGUGAUAAACAUGGUGUAUGAGUUUGUAGAUGUCAUUGACAAGGACUGCAGUAGAAGAAAGGAGACAAAUGGUCUGUCUCUGUCUUCCCUCGUAGAUUUCUUGAGUGAUCCCUAUAACUAUGGAACCACCUCAAAUAAACCGCACACCAGUUACAAAUCAUUGCUGAUGCACGUCUCAGAGAAGUUUAAGGAACUGGAAGCCAUGAGGAAGCAUCUAAGCUUGUAUGGAAACAUCACUAAAUCCAGACAUGAAAACCUGAUAAAACAUUUAAAGUCCUCCCAUAAGCUUCCAUCAACCAAUAUGAUUGGAAGGAGCAAAGAAUUUACAAUGCUCAAGGAAUUGCUACUUCAUGUCGUUGAGGAUGAUAGACCAGAUCUUGUUGCCGUAACUGGAAAAGGAGGCAUUGGUAAAACUACUCUUGUCCUAAGAGUGUAUGAGAGUGUGCAUAGACAUUUUGACUGUUCUGCCUGGCUUUCAGUUUGUGGGCGUUCGAUCAUUCGAAUUUUAAGAAACAUGGCUACAGAUUUUUCCAAAAGCCAUUCAGGAAAGAGCCCUGUGAGUAAUUUAGAUCAAAAGGGUGACAAAGAUUUAGCAAACAUGAUCCGUGACUACUUAGGUGGUAAGAACUUCUUGGUAGUCUUAGAUGGCUUAGAUACCCUAAAUGCCUUUGAAGGUAUUAAGUGUGCAUUACCCACUAGUUGCAGAGGGAAGGUAGUAAUGACGACCUCUAAUUCAGCAUUUCCUGCAGUUAUAUGCAAGUGUGUUCUCCAUCUUGAUCCACUACUGGCAGAAGAUGGUCUGGAGCUUCUUCGCAGAUGA